UUCCCCACCUUGGGAGCAAACGAGCUGGAGGGGCGAAUCUAGAGCGUCUCCAAGAGCGAGGCUGGGAGGACUUCCGCUUCCGGUGCUGCCAUUUUGCCGUGAGACAGCAGGCACGGCCUGGACCGGAGGCACCAGAGGAUGCUGUCGUCUGCGUUCGUCGCUGGCUAUGCGGAGCCCGGGCUCAGGCGGGACUGCGGCCUUGGCGCCGCCACGAGCCACCGCUUCUCCCCCUACACCUUCAACGGCGGGACUGUGUUGGCAAUUGCUGGAGAAGACUUUUCUGUCGUUGCCUCAGACACACGACUGAGUGAAGGUUAUGCAAUUCAUAGCCGGGACAGUCCCAAAUGCUACAAACUAACAGACCAAACAGUCAUUGGAUGCAGUGGUUUUCAUGGUGACUGCCUUACGCUUACGAAAAUUAUUGAAGCAAGAUUAAAGAUGUACAAGCAUUCCAACAACAAGACGAUGACUACUGGGGCUAUUGCAGCAAUGUUGUCAACAAUCCUGUAUUCUCGACGCUUCUUUCCUUACUAUGUUUAUAACAUAAUCGGUGGACUUGACGAAGAAGGGAAGGGAGCUGUGUAUAGCUUUGAUCCAGUGGGUUCGUACCAGAGAGACUCCUUCAAAGCUGGGGGGUCAGCAAGUGCUAUGCUACAGCCACUGCUUGACAACCAGGUUGGUUUCAAGAAUAUGCAAAAUGUGGAGCAUGUACCAUUGUCCUUGGACAAGGCUCUGCAGCUAGUUAAGGAUGUCUUUAUUUCUGCGGCUGAGAGAGAUGUAUACACUGGUGAUGCACUUCAGAUCUGCGUUGUCACAAAAGAUGGGAUUAAAGAGGAGACUGUCCAACUACGGAGAGAUUAAAUCAGUGCACUGUUCAUUAAAAAUCGGCAACAUGUAACCUAAUUUUAAGAGGUCUGAUUACCUGUACUGUACUGACAUUAAGUCUUAUUAAACAUUUUUAACAAGAGA